UUGUGGUUGGUUGCGUUAAUCCUUGCGUCUAGUUGGUGGAAAUCCCCACGUGGUUCCGACUCCUAUAAAAAAAAAAAAAAAAAAAAAACUUUGGAGUUUGGAGGUUUUGUUGAGGAUCCUGCAGACGGAGGUCGGAGUCUGAGUCGCAGACAUCUCCCCGAAGGACACCACAUCUUUUCCACGCGAGCAGCUAGGACGCACGUUACCGGCGCGCAAAUUACCGGCUACCGCUCGUCACCGACUUCCGGACUGAGGACGAAGUUUGAAUGAAAAGGACGACUUUUGAAAUUCUUCUCGAACUUUUUGAUCUCCAAAGUGACUCUUUCCGGAGGAUUUCCGUGGAUUGGACUCGCGGAAUAUGACGUCCUGCGGUCCGGUGAAGAUGACGGUGUGGUUCCUCCUCCUCUGCCUGCUGUCGGUGCGCUCGGAGACGCAGAGCUCGUCCGCGGAGUCGACGUGCGCGUCGUGCGGCUUCCAGUCGGAGCGCGUCAACGUGGACUUCGUGGAGGCGGUGAAGCGGCACAUCCUCAACCGGCUGCAGAUGCGGGACAGACCCAACAUCACGCACCCCAUCCCCAAGGCCGCGAUGGUGACCGCGCUGCGGAGGCUGCACGCCGGCAAAGUGCGGGAGGACGGCCGGGUGGAGAUCCCGGCUCUGGACGGGCAGGCGUCCUUUAGCAGCGACCUGCGGGCGGAGACCUCGGAGAUCAUCAGCUUCGCGGACACUGAUGAGUACACAUCUUCAAAGUCCAGUCUCUACUUCCUCGUCUCCAACGAAGGCAACCAGAACCUGUAUGCGUCACAGGCCAACCUGUGGCUCUACUUCCGGGUCUUGCCAACUGGUCCCGACAAAGGCCUCCGAAGGAAGGUGACGGUAAAAAUCCGAUACCAGGAAGCUGUGAGUGAUACAGAAGGAGAUCUUGGAGGACAUGGUGGAGGCGGCACUGGUCGCUGGGCCCUGGUGGAGAAGCGUGUGGAUCUGAAACGCAGUGGUUGGCAUACGUUCCCCUUCUUGGAGGCUGUGCGGGCUGUGUUCGGCAAAGCUUCCCGCCGACAGGACCUGGAGGUCCACUGCGAGGAAUGCGAGACAGCUGGAGUGGCUCCGGUGCUGGUCGACUCCGGCGACCCCUCCCACCGUCCCUUCCUGGUGGUCCGUGCAAGGCAGGUGGACGGUAAGCACCGCAUCCGCAAGCGGGGGCUGGAGUGCGACGGCACCAGCGGGGGUCUAUGCUGCCGGCAGCAGUUUUACAUAGACUUCCGUCUCAUUGGCUGGAACGACUGGAUCAUUGCACCGGCGGGGUAUUACGGCAACUACUGCGAGGGGAGUUGCCCAGCCUACAUGGCCGGCGUGCCGGGAUCAGCUUCAUCCUUCCACACGGCGGUGGUAAACCAGUACCGGAUGAGAGGAAUUAGCCCAGGUUCAGUCAACUCUUGCUGCAUCCCCACCAAGCUGAGUACGAUGUCCAUGCUGUACUUUGACGACGAGUACAACAUCGUCAAGAGAGACGUGCCCAACAUGAUCGUGGAGGAGUGUGGCUGCGCUUGAGUCUUGUUAUCCUCUUUGAACGGAAAGGCCUUUUGUACAGACGGGACAUUGUGGUACUGUACACAUGGACACAACAUCUGCACGUGCAGGCAAGACACAUCGUACUACAAUCAAGUAUCAUCAUCGCAGCUGGCACACGUCCACACGAGUGUAUGUAUUUAUCCGACUGAGUGAUGUGCCGUCUGACUUUUGGAGUAGACAGCAUCGGGAGGAGAAGGGAAUGAUGAUCACCAAAUUGUACUUUUGUUCGCCAACGGCUCGCCAUCGCCGAACGGAAGGACGAUACGAAGCAUUGAAGGGAAGUGACAAGGUUGGCUCCCAGAAGUGCUCCUCAGACCCCCUAAGUACUUCAAGCACAUGAGAGACUUGUUUGUUUGUUUGUUUUUUUGAAGCACUGACAAUUCAUCAGCUGAUACAACUCAGAACAUAAGCACUUCACCAGCAUGCCGACAGACACAGUCUGCCCGUCCUCUGGUAGGUUUAGACCAGCAGCGCUUAAUGCCUCACAGGAUUACUCCCCCUGCACUGCAGCGGCAACGGAAAGUCCUCCACUAUAUUUUCUACUCGUAAUUACAGACCUUGCGUCUCAGUUUCCUGCCUGUCAAGAGUGCUGCGGGCGGGACUUGAUGACCCGACCAGACACAUCUCAGAAGUGCACUUCAAUUGUGCACCGAGAGAGACUGGGAUAGAACUCCUCUACUUCCUAAUGCUCAUCAAGACCUUGCGGGACACUCGUUUCGACCCAGCGGGUCGCCACGGUGCAAUGCAGCACUUGGAGGAACUGAAAUGCACACCCUGAUUAGCACUUGUUUGAAUAUUUGCCUUCUUGCUGUCCAAUCAUGAAAUAAGUGCCACAUGAGCUAUGCAAUGUAUAGUAAACUCGACACAUGAUACAACACGCCCUGGUAGACGGAACACUGGGGGUGGGCGGUACUGCAGAGUGUGGUAUCCAUCUGAUACCAAGUAAAUACACGGAUACUCAUACUUUUAACUUGAAAUCCUUCAAAAUCACUGACUGAUUUUUACUUUAAAUUUGUUAAUCAUGAUUAUUAUCAGAUCAGGUUUCAAUAAAUGUAUUUGUGAUCAAUGUAACAAUAUCCUGCUGACAACCAGCGUCCUCUGCAGUGAACAUUUGUGGAUAAUAGGGAUGUGAAUCACUUCCCGAUUUUAUCGGAUCCAAUUCCGAUUUUUGGGGCAAUGAUUCGAUUCACAAUGAACAAGAUUCUCAAUUCAAAUUGAGUCUCACAAUAUUUUCUUAUAUUAUAAUUUAUAAUGAAACCUUUUCAAAUCAGGUUACAGGUUACAGUAGGAAGGGGAUUUGUAUGGUCCCAUUUGUCACAGUUUACCUGACAUAUGAAACGGGACAAAUUGGGGGUGCGCAAUCCACUUUAGCCGCCAGACGACAGUAGUGUUGAAUGUCUUAAAAUGUGUUUGGUGGCAAUUCCAACUUUGACUAUAGCGACAGAUUCUAUGUGAUGUAGCGUUUCUAUCAUUGUCAGCAGACUGCUUUGCAAAAUAAUCACCCUCCCACCUUCCUCUUACACGAGAUUUAACCAGAAAUGGGGCCAAUUGAAUCCCUUCCCUACUGUACAUAAAACCUGUACUGACGCUGCUGACGUAUGACGUAUACAUGCAGUGACAAAGCAAGGACAUGGCCUAAAAAACUUUUUUUGGAAUCAAUUCUUGAAAAUGAUGAAUCGAUUCAGAGUCCUAAUAAAUAAAAGAGAAUUGCGAUUCGGAUGUAAAUUGAUCUUUUUCUUCCCCCCCUUGUGCUGUUUUAUUCUAAAAUUUGCAAUGUGACAACAUUCUGGUUCUCUGGAGGACAUUGUAAUAAAUUCAAUCAAAGUUAUGUAACAAUAUCAACAAAAUAAUACUAAUGUUAUCAGUUUUUGUUAGUAAUCUGUUCCAAAAUAUCAGAUGAAAACUGAAUGAUUUUGCUGUCACAAAUUAUAUACAUUCAAUUUAUCUGUUCCAAACAAUGUGACCAAAAAACAUAGAGUAGAACAGAGAAUAACCCUCAGAUCCAUCCUUUUUAAAAAUCCUGAAUCCAAACGGUGAUCCGGAUCGCCCUCAAAAUCUAUCACUUAUUCCUUUCCCAAUUUCUGAAAUGUCCUCAAACUUUCAUCCAAAUCCGCUCUUAACCUUUUUAGUUAUGUUGCUAACAAACAAACCAGGCGGAAGCAAUAAUUGUAGUUUUAUAGACAGAGAACAAUGUGAAAUACUCACUAAUUACAAAUGACAUGGAUAAAUGAACAUUUAACACCACUUUUACAUUCAGCUUCGAGCCAAGUGGACGCCACCUUUGUACUUUGCUGCCACUUAUUUAUUUGACCCCAGGGUGGAUUGUUUUGCAAAAAGUACAGCAACUCAGUCACCAACGUGCUGCUUGGGCGUGAGACGGUUUACAAAAUCCAGGGCAACAUUUUUGGUGGAUAAUUUAAUCGAAAAACAAAAACGGAGGUACCACUGGACGACCUGAUACAUCACGUACAAUUGUUUGUCGGUAGUGCUAGACUCUGCAGCAUCGUGUGGACAUCGGGGGCAGUACCUCUGGAUUGGCAGACCGGGGUGGUGGUUCCUCUCUUUAAAAAGGGGAACCGGAGGGUGUGUUCUAACUAUCGUGGGAUCACACUCCUCAGCCUUCCCGGUAAGGUCUAUUCAGGUGUACUGGAGAGGAGGCUACGCCGGAUAGUCGAACCUCGGAUUCAGGAGGAACA